AAACAUGAAAAAAAAACUGUUCCUCCCUUAUAAUUGGAAAUUUAUAUUUAUAAGCGAUUAAAAAUAUGUAUAUAAUCAGAGAACGUUAAUAAAUAUUCAUUUACGUUCUCUGGUAGUGUGAAAUACGAUUCUAAUUAGAAGAGGCAAUUGCGAAAACGUGAACAAAACAUAUACAAUAAAUUCGGUCAAGUGUCAAACGUCAAAAUCAGCAAAACUAAUCGGGUGAUUGACUUUUGGUGUUGCAUUUGAUUUUAUAGUGUACUGUCACGAGAGAACGUAUGAAUUUACGUUCUUUGCUGUCACUACGUUAUCGUCGUGUCGAAAGACGAAUCUCUGGAAGUGAUUAGAACUAGUUUAAACUUAAAAAGUUAUUUAGUAAUUCAUUAAUUAAAAUGCAGGGAGUUUCGAGUUUAGUGAAAACAACAAUUCCAGACUACUUGUCCAACUUGCCAAUUCCCGAUUCUUUCACCGGUUGGUUCAAAUUGUCAUUUAAGGAUUGGUUGGCGCUCAUUCCACCCACUGCCGUUGUUGCUGGUCUUGGCUAUGUUUCAUAUUUAGCAUUUUGUCCAGCCGCGCGAAAGGGCUGCAGCGGUUCGGGUCGCUGUAAUCAAUCUAUACGGAAAUCAGAAGCAAAGGUGGUGGAUAUGAUUGACAUUGAAAAUAUUGCCGAAAAGGCAGCUUUUUGUCGGUGCUGGAAAACUAAGAACUGGCCCUAUUGUGAUGGCAGUCAUGGUGAACAUAAUAAACAAACUGGAGAUAACGUUGGACCCGUUGUUUUACAAAGGAAGAAGUAAGCUAUAGUUCCGUUCGUUGUUAACGACGCUAGCUGCAGUCAACUGUUGUUGGUUUCAUUGUGCCAACCGCUACGAUGACAAAAUAUACGGAGAUAUAUGGAGAACAUUAUAAUAAUAGUUGAUUGAAUUUAAUAUUAGCAGUUGGUUUAUUUUUUUAAUUUCUCUUACUAAACGCAUUUUUUUCAACAGAAAAUUCUAAUGAUCCGUUAUAUGUCAAAAGACUUCCCAAAAAAGAAAAAAUAGUUAAAAACUUGCUUUGGAAGCAUAUUAAGCGAGCUAAAGUUGUCCUAUAAUAUUGAAAAUAUGUGCUACUUAUACAAUAAAUUAUAAUCAAAUUACAAAAA